GAGGAGGAGCCAGAGCGGCCCGGGACUCCGCACUGCUCAGUCCCGCGCUAGGCACUGCAACCUUCCGUGGUUCUGGCCCGCGCGCCCCCCUGCAGCCUUCUCCCAGCGCAGAUAUGGCGUCAUGUGCCACCCCCACUGCCGUGAAGAUUGGAAUAAUUGGUGGAACAGGCCUUGAUGAUCCAGAAAUCUUGGAAGGAAGAACCGAAAAAUAUGUGGAUACUCCAUUUGGCAAGCCUUCUGAUGCCUUAAUCUUGGGGAAGAUAAAGAAUGUUGAUUGCGUCCUCCUUGCAAGGCAUGGGAGGCAGCAUACCAUCAUGCCUUCAAAAGUCAAUUAUCAGGCCAACAUCUGGGCUCUGAAGGAGGAGGGUUGCACACACGUCAUAGUGACCACGGCUUGUGGUUCCUUGAGGGAAGAGAUUCAGCCCGGUGAUAUCGUCAUUAUUGAUCAGUUCAUCGACAGGACCACCACAAGGCCUCAGACAUUCUAUGAUGGGAGUCAUUCCUGUGCCAGAGGAGUUUGCCAUAUUCCAAUGGCUGAGCCCUUCUGUCCCAAAACGAGAGAGGUCCUCAUAGAGACUGCGAAGAAGCUAGGACUCCGGUGCCACUCAAAAGGGACAAUGCUCACAAUCGAAGGGCCUCGCUUUAGUUCACGGGCAGAAAGCUUCAUGUUCCGCACCUGGGGGGCAGACGUGAUCAACAUGACCACAAUUCCAGAGGUGGUUCUUGCUAAGGAGGCUGGACUUUGCUAUGCAAGUAUCGCCAUGGCAACAGAUUACGAUUGCUGGAAGGAGCACGAGGAAGCGGUUUCCGUGGACCGGGUUUUAAAAACCCUGAAAGAAAAUGCCAAUAAAGCCAAGAGCUUACUUCUCACUACCAUACCUCAGGUAGGGUCCAUGGAAUGGUCAGAAACGCUGCAUAACCUAAAGAAUAUGGCCCAGUUUUCUGUUUUAUUACCAAGACAUUAAAAUUGCAUGGCUGCCCCGAAGACAAGAAGACUUUCUAAUUCUAGUCAUUUAGGAAAUUCCCACUUAAUUUGAAGAAAUUUGGAAAAACUUUUCAUGCCCUUGCCUGCUAAGGAAGAACAUGUGGGCAGAUAAGACAUUGCCAAGGUGAAAGAUGCCUUCUGAAAGACAUGGACUGCUUCAAAAAACAGGGAAGGCAAAUAAGUAAAUGUGGAAGAUUCCUACACUUUAGGAAAAAGACAAGAAGAUACCACUCACCCUUCCCUCAUUAAAUUCCUAACAAUAAAGGGUGGGAGGUAGCAUCCAGCUUCCUAUAUUGCCAAGGAAUAUGAAGACAAAGUGGAACUCUUAGGCCGUUUAUUGCUGUCACUGUAAAUUGGUACAAUCUUUCUGGAGGACAAAUGUAUCAAAAGGCUUAAAAAUACAUAUACCUUUUGUGCAGGUUACUCUACUCCUAGGAAUUUAUCUUUCAAAAGUUAGGAGAAAUACAAAGAAUUAUGUACAAAGACAGAUGUUUAAUACAGUAUUAGUUAUAGUAACAAAUAUUCAAAACAAUCUUGAGUAUCCAAAAAUUUGAAAUAAAUUAUGGUUUCGCUCUAGUUAGAUUGUGAAGCAGCCAACUGAAGAUGAUGCUUUUACUAAUAUUUAAUGUCUUAAAGAAUUGGUUGCUCUAUAAUAUGAAGUGAAGAAAGGAUAUGUAAGCAUUUUACAGUACUAAUUUUAAGUCUAUGUAAAUGUACAAAAAGACUAGAAAGAAAUAUAUAACGUUUUGUUAUUGUACAUGGGGGGGCAUACUGGAUAAUUUUAAUUUUCUUUAUAUUUUUCUGUCUUUACAUUUUUUUCUACAAUGAAUAUAAUCAAAUAGUGAAGUUGUUUUAAAAAUAAAAAUGACUUAAAAGGAUCUGGUUUUUGAAAACUGUUUCUGGUAAUGAAGCAAAAUUUAAGAUGGUAGUACUAAGAGUUCUGUUUUAAUUCCAUCUUUGUUAAAAAAAAGGAUCAUUAAUGACUUUUACAGUCAGAACAGUACUUGGGUUUGCAACAACUUCUUGAAAAAAGCUGGGUGUUUAAAACUAAGAGUGGAACUAUCAGACAAUAUACAUACAUACUGUGCCAGAUACUUUUAAAAUUAAUAUUUCACUUAUUUCUACUCCUUUUUAUGAGUUGAUGAAUUAUUUUACAAGUUGAUGUUUUUUGUUUUUUUAAUAUAAUGGAAGCUUGCUUUUUUUAUUGUUAGUUUUAUAGGAAUGUAUCACAGGAAGAUCUUUUUUCCUCAGAAUUAUUAAUUUUCUUUUUACUGUGACCUGUUCUUUUCAUUGUGUUCUUUACUGACGGAUCUCUUGUUUAAAGAGUCUGUAAAGUCAAUGUGUUUGUGUCUAUGGAUUGCCUUCAAGUUAAUAAGCUGCUAAUUGUAAACAAUAAAAUAAAGCAGUUACCCUCCAGCAUUAAUACUGAGCUGUUUGGGUUACAUGUGAUCAUGA